AUGGGGAAUCUGCAGAAUGAGUGGUCUGGAGACGCCCACCUCUCCCACUCCCGGCCGCUCCCACUGCUGGGGAACUUGCUGCAGCUGGAGUCUGGACGGCUGGACCAUACUCUCAUGGAGCUUUCUGGCCGCUGGGGCCCGGUGUUCACAGUGCGGCUGGGCCGGCGCCCUGCAGUGGUUCUCUGCGGCUACUCAGCGCUGCGGGACGCAUUAGUGCUGCAGGCGGAUGCCUUCUCUGGCCGUGGGGCCACGGCUGUGCUCGAACGUUUCACUCGCGGAAACGGCCAAUGUGCGGAUAGGACCGAGAAGGCUGGGUUUACAGCAAAAAGGUCUGGAAAGCAGCAGAGUGAAGGGUGGCGAGGAGGCGGGCUCCAAGACCGGACGCUUCCAGGACGGGCGUGGCCAACUCCCCGGGUGGUCCCCUUCUCUGCCCCACCCCCAGGCAUCGUGUUUUCUAACGGGCGGCGCUGGCUGACGCUGCGAAAUUUGGCACUGGGAGCACUGAAGGAGUUCCGGUUGGGAGCGCGGACCAUAGAGGAGCGCAUCUUGGAGGAGGCGGAUUGUCUGCUUGGCGAAUUUCAAGCCACCAUUGGAGCACCGUUUGACCCCCGGCGGCUACUAGAUAAUGCUGUAUCUAAUGUUACCUGUUUGGUGGUCUUCGGGAACCGCUAUGGCUAUGAGGACCCAGAGUUCCUGAGGCUCCUGGACCUCUUCAAUGACAACUUCCGCAUCAUGAGUUCCAGAUGGGGUGAGAUGUACAAUAUUUUCCCCUCCCUCCUUGACUGGCUCCCGGGUCCACACCACCGAAUCUUUCAAAACUUCACGGAGCUUCAGGUCUUCAUCUCUGAGCAAAUCCAGCAGCACCAACAGACACGGCUGCCAGGGGAGCCCCGCGAUUUCAUUGAUUGCUUCCUCGAUCAGAUGGAGAAGGAACAGAAAGACCCAGAGAGCCAUUUCCAGGAGAUGUUGGUGAUGACCACACACCUUUUCUUUGGCGGCACUGAGACCACAAGCACCACUCUGCGUUACGGGCUCCUUAUUCUGCUUAAGUACCCUGAGGUGGCAGGUCUGACACACGCAGAUCACGCCCUCUGCCAAAGUGCAGUGGUAGGUGGGACACGCACCCCGAGGCUGGAGGACUGCAAGCGCCUGUCCUGCACCAGCGUGCUGCACGAGAUCCAGCGCUUCAUCAGCGUGCUGCCGCUGGGGCUGCCACGCGCCCUCACCCGGGACACCCACCUGCGUGGCUACUUUUUGCCCAAGGGCACCUUUGUGAUUCCUCUCCUGGUGUCUUCACACCAGGACCCCACCCCAUUCAAGGACCCAGACUGCUUCAACCCCACCAACUUCCUGGACAAGGGCGAGUUCCAGAGCAGAGAUGCCUUCAUGCCCUUUGCCCCAGGCAAGCGAAUGUGUCUGGGUGCAGGCCUGGCACGGUCCGAGACCUUCCUCUUCCUCACCACCAUCCUGCAGAGCCCCACCAGCAUCGACCUCACCCCGCAGUACGCCGGCCUGGGCAAUAUUCCCCCAGCCUUCCAGCUCCGCCUGGUGGCCCGCUGAGGCCAGGCUCAGCUGCCCUCUGCUCACUGGCUCUCAGACCUCCUUACCUGCCUUCGUCAAUAAAGGCCCUGAAUUGCAA